AUGCCCGCGCGGAAAAGUGCGGAUGAAAUUCCUGCUGAAAAGUCGAGUGAAUUGAAGCAUCUGCAAGAUAGCUUGACACGAUUUUUCACUCCUACCAAUCAGAGACGCUCUAGAGUUGCACAGUCAUCAUUCUCGUUGGAAACUUUUGAACCUGGCGCUUCGUCAUCACGGGCUGCAUCAUACAAGAGCAUCGAAUCAAAAAAGGAUUCCAACAAAGAGAGAAAGCGAAGUCCGAGACUAGUAAGAAAGUUUACAGCGAAAGACAUCAAAAAGAAUGUUUCUGAAAUUAGCAGAAAGGGAAGCAAAAUUCAUCACUUUUCUGCUAUUUCCAUUGAUACGAAACAGAGUGACUUGCAGUCGCCUAUUUCUCUGCAACCUUCUAUAAGUUCAUCUUUAAAAUCGGGACAAUCAACACCAUCACCACAUCGCCGUACGGAUGCACUUUUUGAUGCCUUGUCUCCAUAUUUUAGUGCAGCUUCGGAAAAGAGACGGACUUUUUCCAAAGGGCAGUAUGUUCAUCUAUCUGGUGGCCGCACAAGAACAAAAAGUGGAGAGAGUAGCAAUAUUCAUGAAGACGGUGUAUUUUCCCCAAGUUGUAUACACCAACCGCAUACCAGCACAGCUGUAAUAUCGAGCGAAUCACAGGAUGAACUUCUUAGUGCUGAACAACGACCGAAUACUGUACACCCAUCAAGCAAGAAACGCCAAUCAACAUAUGUAAGUGAACCAGCAGCAUAUCAAAAUUCUCCAUCAUCGAUAUAUAUUCGAAUAAACGAAAAAGUGGCGGAGCAUCGUGCAGUUCAAAAUACAUCAUUUCCGGUUGGGUGUUCCUUGCGGAGUUCUGGAUUACGACAUGUAUCACUGCAGCCGUCAUCCAAUUUGAAAAGUUUGGUUCCCAAAGGACUUGCAUCACAGCGGAGGCUGCGGACUGCUUCGAUCAUUCGAAAGGCCAAGUCGCAUAAAACACGAUUGAAAUUACGCCAGUCAUUAUCUCCUCGUCUAGUAACAAGGAAACGUGUGGUAUCAUUUCGUCAGCCUCAUUUGGACGAAUUAAACAUGACAGGAAGAACGAUUUCGUUGGCAGAACCGGUGACUAUAACUAAUGAAGAUCGAGAAUUAUACAAUGCUGCUCGUAAUUUAUCUGGAUUGGACAUUGACACUACCCUCGGUACGUGUAUCUCAGGAGAGCAGAAAUUUUUCAAUGAUGCGACUGAGUGCUCACGAAAUCCAAAAUCAAUUCGGAUUGGCAAUUUUGAAAUCGAAACAUGGUAUUCUGCACCAUAUCCAGCGGAAUAUGCACAGCUCUCAAUUUUAUAUUUGUGUGAAUAUUGUAUGAAAUACAUGAAAAGUUUGGAAAUGAGACAGAGGCAUUCGGAACGAUGUCAACUUCGACACCCCCCGGGCAAUGAAAUAUACCGGAAGGAUAGUGUUUCGGUAUUUGAGGUAGAUGGUUAUUGUUCAAGAAUUUACUGUCAAAAUAUUUGCCUCCUAGCGAAAUUAUUUUUGGAUCACAAAACGUUAUACUAUGAUGUGGAGCCGUUUUUAUUUUAUGUAGUUACGAAAAAUGAUAAUAGUGGAUGUCAUUUUGUUGGGUACUUUUCUAAAGAAAAAUACAGUGCUCAAAAAUAUAAUCUGUCGUGCAUCAUGACAUUACCUUCCUAUCAGAGACAAGGAUUUGGAAGGUUUUUGAUUGAUUUUAGCUUUUUAUUAAGUCGGAAGGAAGGCAUGACUGGAACACCGGAAAGACCUUUGUCAGAUCUGGGUCGUUUGUCCUACAGAAGCUAUUGGCAGUCAGCUAUUUGUGAAUAUCUUUAUAAAACUGUUGCACCCGACAAAACAAAACGACUGACUUUGAGAGGUAUUGCACGUGGGACGGGUAUUUCGGUUUACGAUGUUAUGGAAACAUUGCAGUCAUUGAAUCUACUUCAGCGAAUCAAUUCUCAGAUGAUAAUUACAUUGAAUAUGACAAUGUUAAAGAAUCACUGGACAAAGGCUAAGAAUGAUAUGAAGCGUAUUUGGUUGGAUGAAACGAAGUUAUCAUGGUUACCAACUGCACAUUCGCCUUCAAAGGAAUAUGGUGAACGGUCGUCCUAUGCGUUACGUUCCCCUUUUUCUAGUCCUUUCCAACAAACUACAGUACGGCGUGAUCGUGGAAAUUUGAUGCAGAACGGAGGUGUUGGUAAUGAUAUGCAGAAAUCCAAAACAAACCGUGGUUUUUUUCGAGAAAAAAGCAAAAAUGGUAAAACAAUGCUGAAAAAGCAACGGUCUGAUGAUAAUACAUCAGAUGAAGACAAAAAGACAGUAAUGAGUCUGAAAACUACAUGUCGGGAUGGAAAGCAAAAUGGGCGAAUUUGGAGAAAAACAAGCGGCGAUGAUUCUGAUGAUGAUGAUGUGAAAUUGCAAAAAGAAGCAAGAAAGAAUAUGCGUUUAGCGGAGAUGAGUCAAAAAAAAAUAUCAAAACGAAGUACUACUAAUCGUCGUUUUCGAAAAAGUGGGACGAAGAAAGCUGUAGCAAUUAAACCUUAUACUUAUCCAUCAUCAUCCAAUAGCGAUUCAUCAGAUCUAAGCGAUAUUAGUUCAGAUGCUGAGAAAAAUGGAAACACUUAUAAGCCUUCUCACAGGAAACAUGUGUCACACUCUCAUUUUAGACGACGAGAACAGAGAAGUAUGGCCAAUGUAGAAUCAAUCGAACUAAAUAACGUUAAUGAUCAAGAUAUUAUUCCAGUUCAUAAGGAUGUGCCCGUCAAAACCAUGAAUUCAAACUGCCAUAAAUUGCACCUUUGUCACAUAAGGUCUAGUGCUGAUUCAAGUGGUUCUGAGGGAUCAUCUGAUGAUUCGGUUUUAAUUUUGAAGCGACGCAGAAUCAGUAAUAGUUCAAAAACGUUGUUUUCAAGCUGCACAAACUCUCCGGAACCAUUGGGUGAUGGGCAUGUAACUCCUGAAUUGAGGGUGAGUCAAGAACCAGGAAGCGAAAUUCCAAAUUGCAGCAAACUAUUUGCAGCUGACCUUCAACAAUCAAAUAAAAACGAAAAAAGUUUGGAGUUAACUGUUGAUAAUGAGGAUGAACUACCGCCGACAUUGGAAGCAGAUGGUGUGGACGGCAGAGAUAAGUUGGUAAAGGAAUGGGACAAUUUGGAUAAAUCAUGCUGUUCCGGAAGCACUUUUGCAAACGGGAUGCCGCUUCUUCGUAUAAAUAUUGCUGGGAAUGACAGUGCCUAUGAGGGGGAGGAUGAAGACGUACCGCCGAGGUUGUCGCCGAAUUUUGCUCCGGUUGAAAAUAGUGACACGAAUAGUCCAAGAGAACUCGAGCCAAUACCAUCUCUGUGUAAAACACUGCCCAUCAAAUCUGCUCCCGACUUGCUAGCUGUUUCAUCACCUUCGAAACCUCAUGACACGUCAAAUAAUUCAGCAUCACGAAUUACAUCUAUUACAAACACAAUUUGCGAAAUGGUUAAUUUAGGUGGCGAUGCUGGAAGUGAAGGCGAAAGUGAGGCAGAGCAAAAGGAACUAAGUCAUUCAAACCACAGAAAAAAUGGAAAAUCGGAGGCUUUACCACUUAGGCUUGAGACAUCUGAGUUGGAUAGGCCUCCGAAAGCUCCAGCAAUGCUUUCAUUGCCAAAUGAGGAACAUGAGAUGGGCCAUAUGGACGAGAAAGGUGAAGUCACAUCGAUCGGAAAAGAUAGUUCCGUGGAAACAGUUGAACAUACAAUGUUCCAAAACUGUCGUCAGCCAAAUUCAAUCCUUAAUCAGUCUCCGAUUUUACCACCAAGCUCGACCCAUUCAGAUCUCUCUUCUCAGAGCUUCGUAUCACCUUCCUGUUCUUUGCAAAAGCGCAAUACAUCUAAUGGCUCUUGUCGUACUCCUCUUUCACAAGUUGAGGCAAGUCCUGGAGAAGUUUUCAUUGGUUCCACCGAUAGAAAUAGCGUUCGUUCGAACCCAUCAACUCCACAUCAUCUGUCAACUCAAAGCCAUCCAGGUUCGGAAAUGAUGUUUUGUGCUACAACGACAGGCGACAUGUGUCUGACUAUGAUGGCUGAAACACCGGUGAUGACAAAUAACACAAAAACUAUGGUGAAACCAUCAACACCAACAGUACUUCCAUCAACAGCAACUCAGCAUCAUUCACAUCGACGCAGUUCUAAGAAGGAUCAGAGCCGUUCAUCGAAAAAUGCUUCAAACACUCAAAGGACACAGAUGUUUAUACCUCCAACACCACUUUCGCCAUAUGUAAUUGCAGCACCAAGCGCAGGACAAUCAUUUAUGGGUCCUUCACAGGUUACACAUCCCCAAACAGGAUCUUAUUAUACGGGCAGUUAUGCAAAUUCACGACACUCCGCUUACUUUGAUCCACAGUUUCACCCAAGUGCUUUGUCAACAGCAGCUGCUUCAGCAACUUAUCCAGCAUCGAGUGUAAGCUAUCCAUCCCAUUUAGGUGGCAUAGGUAAAACAUAUCCUAUGGGAGCUACUGUUCAAAGUGGCUUUUCGUAUUCGUAUCCUCGUGGUAUGCAUCAGGCUGGUGCUAAUAUGGCGCUAUCAAGUGGCAGUGGAACCAUUGGACCAGUAACUCCACAGCAAAUGAUUGGUGUACAGUGUUCGGAGUUGCAAAACACUAGUCAGGCUAACACAGCAGCUUCGUGGAGAUAUCCUGCUCCGCCCGCCGCAUUUUCGGGUCAUUUCAUGGAUGCAUUUGGUGGUGGUAUGCCAUCAGCAGCUACUGGUAGUCAGUUUGCAUUACCAAAUCAGCUUUAUUAUCAACCUGGUUAUCAUCCGUAUUUGAUGCCAAUGAUGCGGAAUGAUUAA